GGAAAGAGAGAGGUCUGUUGCAGGCAGGAGAAGGCGUGACCUGAAUGGAGAAUGCCAGCCAACUCCCCAGACACACACAGGGCUCUCAGAACAAAGAUAAGACAGAGAGUGGAGUCCAGGAGAGCCAGCCCCAGAACUGACACCAGGGAAGAGAUCCUGCAAAAAUAAGGCAGGGGGGUGGAAUCCAAAACCCCCAAGAGCAGCCAAGGCAGGAACAUGAGGGCCUUCCUGCUGUGCUGCUCCCUGUACGUGUGUCUACUGAGAGUAUCUGCCAACAUUGUGGAGCUGAAUGAUAUGUUUGGGGAGAUUCAGUCCCCCAAUUUCCCUGAUUCCUACCCCAGCGACUCCGAAGUAACCUGGAACAUCACAGUGCCAGAGGGAUUUAGGAUCAAGCUGUACUUCAUGCAUUUUGACCUGGAAUCCUCCUACCUCUGUGAAUAUGACUAUGUGAAGGUAGAAGCCGAGGACCAGGUGCUGGCUCUUUUCUGUGGGAGGGAGACCACCGACACGGAACAAGCCCCUGGCCAGCAAGUGGUCCUCUCCCCAGGUGCCUUCAUGGCCCUCACCUUCCGAUCAGAUUUCUCCAAUGAGGAACGCUUCACUGGCUUUGACGCCCAUUACAUGGCGGUGGAUGUGGACGAGUGUACAGAAAAGAGUGAUGAGGAGCUCGCCUGUGAUCACUACUGCCAUAACUACAUUGGAGGCUAUUACUGCUCCUGCCGCAUUGGCUACAUUCUCCAUACAGACAACAGGACCUGCCGAGUGGAGUGCAGUGAUAACCUCUUCACCCAGAGGACCGGUGUGAUCACUAGCGCUGACUUCCCGGGGCCAUACCCCAAGAGCUCCGAUUGUCUCUACAGAAUUGAACUGGAAGAUGGUUUUGUCAUCACUCUCCAGUUUGAGGAAAGCUUUGAUGUCGAAGACCACCCCGAAGUGUCCUGCCCCUAUGAUUACAUCAAGAUUAAGGCUGGGCAGAAAGAGUUUGGCCCUUACUGUGGAGAGAAAUCCCCAGGGCGCAUCGACACCCAGAGCAACAGCGUCCAGAUUCUGUUCCACAGUGACAACUCAGGGGAGAAUGGAGGCUGGAGGCUUUCCUACACAUCCACAGGGAACCCAUGCCCCGUCUUGCAGCCCCCUGUCAAUGGGAAACUCGAUCCUUCACAGGCUAAAUAUACCUUCAAAGACCAAGUACUCAUCAGCUGUGACACUGGCUACAAAGUAAUCAAGGACAACCUAGAGAUGGACACAUUCCAGAUCGAGUGUCUGAAAGAUGGAACGUGGAGUAACAAGAUCCCCACCUGUAAAAUUGUAGACUGCAGCACCCCAGCGGAGCUGGAGCACGGGCUUGUCACCUUCGCCACCAAGAACAACGCCACCACCUUCAAAUCCGAGGUCCGCUACUCCUGCCAGCAGCCCUAUUACAAGCUGUUUCCCAACAUCACAGGCACGUACACCUGUGAGACCCAAGGCAUCUGGAUGAACAGAGAGCUGGGGAGAAAACUGCCCACUUGUCUACCAGUGUGUGGGAUCCCCAAGUUCUCCAGACAGCUGCUGGCCAGGAUAGUCAACGGGCACUCGGCACAGAGGGGGACCUCCCCAUGGAUUGCCAUGCUGUUCAAGAAUGGGCGGCCUUUCUGUGGAGGUGCCCUUCUAGGAAACAGGUGGAUUGUGACAGCUGCUCACUGCCUGCACAGGACCCUAGAAUCUGAGUACUCCCCUUUAACCAGCUCUGACUACCUCUCUGUCUCUGAAUUCAAAGUUAUCCUGGGCAAGCACAGGACGCAUAUGAUGGAUGACACGGAGCAGCAGCUCCAAGCAAAGAAUAUAAUCUUCCAUCCAUCCUACAAGGCCUCCACAUUCGAGAAUGACCUCGCUCUAAUUGAGCUUCUGGGAGAGCCAAAGCUCAAUGACUAUGUGAUGCCCAUCUGCCUCCCAGAGGGUCCCCCACAGCAAGGUACCAUGGUUCUCGUGAGUGGCUGGGGAAAGCAGAUCUGGAAUAGAAUCCCAGAGUCUCUGAUGGAGAUUGAAGUGCCCAUAGUCAACCAUGAGGCUUGCCGGGAAGCAUAUGCCGAAAUUAAUCUGAAAGUCACCAGUGACAUGGUUUGCGCUGGAGAAAGGGAUGGAGGGAAAGAUGCUUGUGGUGGGGAUUCUGGAGGCCCUAUGGUGACCCGCAAUGAGGAGCAAUCCCACUGGUACUUGGUGGGCACCGUGUCCUGGGGGGAUGGAUGUGGCAAGAAAGACAGUUACGGCGUGUACUCCAACAUCCACAAAAACCAAGCCUGGAUUCAGAAAGUCACUGGAGUUCAGAAUUAGACCCCUGCCUGUGGGCAGCAGUGAAGCAAGGGGCACUAGGGGCUGCUUGCCUGACCUCAGGUUGCCCCACCGCCCUGUCCAUUCCCUCCCUGGAAGAAGCCAUAAUAGACUGGGCAAUGUUUGCCCCCUGCCUCAGCGGCUGACCAAGGCCAACAGUGAUUCCAGCUGUAUGAUGGCUUCGUCAGUGUGUCCUUCUUUGUCCCUUUCUCCCCAACCCCACUUAUGUGCAGUAAGACACAGCAGCAGCCAACAUCAAUGCUUUAAAAAGGAAAAAAGUCAGUGGGAUUUGGCAUCCCAGGAUUAAGAAUCCUUUCUCUAAUCUUAUCUGUCUAUGCCAAAUAGCCCACAAUCAGCCAAUUAAAUGUAAUUCAAGAAAUGUAAUUCAAUACGUCCUGCAUAUCCGAGACUUUCUAGAUGCCAGAGACACAAAGGCAAAGCUUCUGCCCUCAGAAGCUCACCUGCUGGCCAUGCAAGAUUGUCCUGGAUGGAAAUCAUACCAAGCAUCUGAGUAGCAACUCAAGGACUGUGGCUCCCAAUCCUGGCUUUGCCUGACCUGGACACAUGUCCUCAGAACCAGCUGACUUACUCCUCUGUGCCUCAUGAACCAUUCCUGUAAAGGGGAAUGCUGCCACCUACCUCAGUCAGGUCACCAAACAUCAAAUGCUCACUGUAUUAGCCAGCCACACCAGAUGCCCACAGGAGGGCAUUGCUGACACAAUGUUUGUGAAACACACAAUGAUAGUCAAAUGUUCCAACUCGUUGUUCCCUCUAUAACACAGGCUUCUCCAGAAGGGAGGAGAUUUAAUCUUCUAGGACCAGACUAUGAUGGGAAAUGACCCUAAGAUGCAACAAGUUCCCCUGACCCUGAGGAUUGGAAGCACUUGGGACCUACCAAGAGUUGUAGAGUUCACUUCAGAGCAGAGGAACCAGGUUCCAAUCCGAGUUCUGCCUCUUCUAGCUCAUGUUGCCUUGCAAAAGUCACUAAACACCCUUCAGGCCUCAGUUUCCUCAUCUGUAAAAUGAGUGUUUUGGAUCAAAAUUGCUUUGAGUCAUCUCCAGUUCUCCCAAGACUUUCUGACACCUCUGUUUCAGGCGUUCACUCUCUUCUCCAGUCAGGGAUUCCAUACCUCUCUACUCGCUGGAUUUUCUAUCAAUAUGGGCUCAGCCCGCCUGGUCUCCAUGCUUUAUUUUGUCCUGCAUGGUCCUAAAAGGUCCAUCUUGGGAAUAUUGCCUUUCCCUCCUCUUUCUUUCCCUAGGAGCUCCCAUCAUUCUCUGGCAUGGAUUUGGAAUAUUCUUGGAUUUCAGAACAAUUGAGAUGUAAGGACAAAGGACCUGUGACCAAGGAAGACCAAGGAGGGUGCAGAGCAGGAUGACCUGAGGAGGCUGUUUCCCCACUGGAGCUCCCUAAAUACAUGGAAUCUCCAGUCUAGGCACACAAUUCUCCAAACCAUCAUGCAUCGCUCUACUGUUGACAUCACUACUUUUUCUCUCUGGUCUGGAAGUCUCAAGAGAGGACCAGCUCUGAAGGAGGCUGAGCUGGGUUCCUGGCCCUUGCAAACCAGGUGUAUGAAAACUCAGAAUUUCACAGCUCCACCCCACCUCAUUUCUGGCUGGCUGUCAGAGGGGCUGGCUCUUUUGCAUCUCCCAGAGCCCCAGACUCAUCUUCUGAUCUGGGCUUGUCACCAACUUCUUCCAGAGGCCUGACUGCAAUUCACUCAGGCACAGUCCUCCAAAGUGGGACUGGACAUGAAAUUGACUCAGGGACCAUUCCUGAAUCUCCUCCCCAGUGGCUGGGAUGUGGUUCAACUCUAUCCCUACCUCUUCUCUGGGGCGUGGCCUGGCCUGCCUGUGGGAACAUUUACUCUUUGAGCACAGGCCCAUAGUCAAGACCAAACAAUGUAAUGUAGCAAAGGCACUUUGUAACCCAGAAAGCCCCACAAAAAUGUGAGCGAUCCAAUUUUUGGCACGCCUCUUAGCUCAUGGCUGGAGGAUAAACAGCAAAUGUUAGAAGCAAAAAUGGUCAGAAGUGAGUUCAACAGUAACAGAGAUCGGGUGCUUUCUGACUGCUCUAAAUAAAAUUGUGCUUGAGUCCAUGCUCCCCAAGCUUGUUCGAUUUUUUCCUUCUGAGAAAUCCUCACUUCACUCACUUCUGGCUAAUUAGGGUUUUAUUGUAUCAAUGAAGGUUUGCGUGUAUAGUCGAAAGAUUCAAACCCAGAGGACCUGGGUUCCAACAGCCCCUUGGAUACUUACUAUUUGUGUGACCACAGGCGAGUCCCUUAGAGUCCCUGAGCCACCAUAUUUUUGUCUGUUGACAGAGGCAUUGGAGGGCAGUGGAAAGCAGACUUGGCUCGUAGAAGGAAGACCUGAGGGCUAAUUUUUGUUUGGCUGCUUGCUACCCGAGUGACCUCAAGCAAGUCACUGCCCUUCCCUGGCCUCAGUUUCCUGGUCUGGAAAUGGAAUGGGUUGAUCCGUUGACCUCUGAAGUGCCUUCCAUCUCUGCAUCUACAAUCCUAGAACACCUAAAAGAUAGAACUCACUGCACUCACCUGCAGUCACCUUCCGCCAUAGUGGAAUGGAAACCAGUAGGAACAAUGAGUUAUUGUGCUAAAUGACUGUAAAUGCUGAUAGAGAGAUCAGAAGAGUUUGCCUAACAGAAGAACAGUAUGCUACAGAAGGAUCCCUUUGGGGCAAGAGUUCCUAACCCAGAGUCCUUGAAAAAAUUUCAGAGGGUCCAUGAAUUUGAGUCCAAAGAAAUGUCCAUCUUUAUUUUCACUGACCUUUGAUUCCUCUGAAGACCCAAGUAUUUUAUUUUCUGCAUUUAAUAACAUG